AUGAACCUCUCGGUCGUUCAGGAGGAGAAGCGAGUGGUUGUGGACAGCGAUGGGUUCCUCUUGGAGUUCUCUGGGAGUUCCUCUGGGAGUUCCUCUGGGAGUUCCUCCGGGAGUUCCUCCGGAAGCUCCUCCGGGAGUUCCUCCGGAAGCUCCUCCGGGAGUUCCUCCGGAAGCUCCUCCGGGAGUUCCUCCGGAAGCUCCUCCGGGAGUUCCUCCGGAAGCUCCUCCGGGAGUUCCUCCGGAAGCUCCUCCGGGAGUUCCUCCGGAAGCUCCUCCGGGAGUUCCUCCGGAAGCUCCUCCGGGAGUUCCUCCGGAAGCUCCUCCGGGAGUUCCUCCGGAAGCUCCUCCGGGAGUUCCUCCGGAAGCUCCUCCGGGAGUUCCUCCGGAAGCUCCUCCGGGAGUUCCUCCGGAAGCUCCUCCGGGAGUUCCUCCGGAAGCUCCUCCGGGAGUUCCUCCGGAAGCUCCUCCGGGAGUUCCUCCGGAAGCUCCUCCGGGAGUUCCUCCGGAAGCUCCUCCGGGAGUUCCUCCGGAAGCUCCUCCGGGAGUUCCUCCGGAAGCUCCUCCGGGAGUUCCUCCGGAAGCUCCUCCGGGAGUUCCUCCGGAAGCUCCUCCGGGAGUUCCUCCGGAAGCUCCUCCGGAAGCUCCUCCGGGAGUUCCUCCGGAAGCUCCUCCGGGAGUUCCUCCGGAAGCUCCUCCGGGAGUUCCUCCGGAAGCUCCUCCGGGAGUUCCUCCGGAAGCUCCUCCGGGAGUUCCUCCGGAAGCUCCUCCGGGAGUUCCUCCGGAAGCUCCUCCGGGAGUUCCUCCGGAAGCUCCUCCGGGAGUUCCUCCGGAAGCUCCUCCGGGAGUUCCUCCGGAAGCUCCUCCGGGAGUUCCUCCGGAAGCUCCUCCGGGAGUUCCUCC